AUUCAGUAAGGGGUAGACGGUGAACAUGGAUACAGUUCUUCAAAUUUUUAGCAAGUGGUUUUCGAAACUAUCAGCAUUCGAUAACGACGUGGAUCAAUUUUUCCUUAUGAAACUACCCGAUAUCGUCAUAGGUCUCUAUGCAGAAACCUGGGAAGGCACCAGGAAAGUAUUGUGGCGCACCUGGCAGUUGGUAUAUCUUGUUAUGUUCUUGCAUCACGCUUUCGCGUUGGUACAUGCCAUGCAGGACAAGGAUUAUUACGAUAAUGUUAUCCAGGCAUACUACAUGUUGUUCACAUAUAUAAUCGUUGCCUCGCAGAUUUACACCAUUAAGAGCAUUCGGAAGGAGUUGGAAAUAAUACGGGGAUUUGUCAACCUGAGAAAGACGCUUCGAUACGACGAACGAGCGUUCAAAAAGAGAGCUCGAGGAUUCAGGAACAUAAACAUGAUAACGCUUUCGCCAAUACUACUCACAAUUGUUAUGAUGCCGCUAUUAUUCGUGUCUGGAACCGUUUUGACACCUGAAUAUGUUUGGAAUCUGCAACUGGGCGAAGGGUUUGAACUUCUAUCAAACGGUGUAUUAGUAUUAUCGGUGGCAGUUUUGUCGUAUGUGACGUUGGUAUCGCAGUUAUGUUUUAAUUUCAUUAAUACGCUACUAUGCGGACUCACCACGGAGGCUGAGAUUUUGGGCGAUUUCUUUUCUGAUCUAGAAUCUCGCGUUGUUGCGGCUGAGAUGAAUCGAGUUGGGAUGUCAGUAUUAGCCUCGAAAGACCUGCGUUUGAAUCUGCUAUCAUUUCGAAAUGAGCUCAAAAAUUGCGUUGAACUCCAGCAAGAAUUACUAGAAUGUAUACGAUGUCUUAAACGAAUUACGGAACCCCUGACUUUCAUACUGUACUAUAUGUCGUUUUUCUAUAUCGCUGAGUGCAUCUGUCUGGGUUUUUAUGGCAAGCGAAGCAUUAUAGAUGCGAGCUUCAUGGUUUUCGCAUUGUACUACAUGAUACAAUGUUGUAUUAUGUGUUACCUGCUGGAACGAUUGGAGGAUGAGAACCAACGAAUUGCGUUCAUCACGUACAGUUUAUCUUGGCCGAACAAUUUGAAUUUUUCCCGCGAGAACGUGAAACUGUCGAAGGAGAUCCGUGCAAUGAUACUGUUCACUGUGCAACGAGCUAAUGAGCCACUCAAUUUUAGCUGCGGUGGGUUUUUCCCUGUGACCAUGGCGCGUUUCGGUGAUAUGUUGCAGAUGACCUAUGCCUUAAUUACUCUACUGAAUACGAAUUUUUAAGCUCGUGGUAUCACUUUGCAUUUUAGUGUUUGAUUAGACGAGUCACUUCACACCUGGAUAUGAUAUUAAUAAAAAUGUUUCCACAGUUCUACAUUGAAUUUCAGCACAUAUACACAGAU